AGCAGUUAGUCCACAGCAAUGCUUGCUUCUGGGGUGUAUCCUGCAUGAGUUAAUACAAUGUUGAUCAGACAGAGGACACGCUUUCCACUGGAAAUUCCCAACCAUUGUCACAGUCAAAGCCUGCUUUGUAGUGGAGGAUGCGUGAAGCUGAGAGGAAAGUUCAGUGAAGCAUUCCAGUUGAGAGUGGAGUGUAUUAAUAGGUGCACUCUGAAAGUCCUUUCUUCUCUCUCUUGCUGAUUUCCUGCGAUAAAGAAAUCAUUGAGGAGUCUGCGUUCUUAAGCCCUAUCCAAACUAAACAACACUGAAGUCUCGGGUGACCUGGUUACAUUGGUUUGGAUAUGGGAGAGUUGAUUUGAAAGUUUCUGCUGGGUUGAGCUCUGGACUUGUCUCAUUAUCCCGAACCACAAGUGAAGUACGGAGAAUGAAGCCUGUCACUCCAGUUGGCUCCCCCUCCCCUCUCAGGCUACUAAACAAAGGUCCUGAAUAUCUACGCAGGCAAAUGGAAAGUGGAAAUAGGGGCCGGGCACCGAGUGCUGUCGAGAGACUUGAAGCAGACAAGCCAAAGUAUGUCAAAAGCCAGAAAGUGAUGAACGCUAAGCAAGAGACAAUUGCCAGCCCUGCUGUAACUCCACAACCUUCUGCUCAAAACUGGGUCAGACCAGGUGAGGCGAGGAGGCCAUGCCAGGAUUUUGAUGCCAGGAAAGAAAAUGCCAAUUUGGAACAACUCAACAACAUCAGAAAUGUCUUUGUGGACAAGCCAUCCCACAAUCCAGUGGUCACGAGGAGAACCACCUCCAAGAGAGUCAUGAGGCCAGACUCCUUAAUCAUUUACCGACAGAAACGUGACUGCAAGACAGGCAGCAAUGAGAACUCCAGGGGCUAUAACUUCAUCCGACGCCUUUUUCAGGGGUCCACCAGGGACAAGCAGGUGAACUCUCUCGAGUUGCCAAAGAUCAUCCUGAAGGAGGGCAGUAGGUCUUUCUCUGAAGUUAGCUCUCCUGUUAUGUCGCACAUCAGUCGUCUCAAUGACUGUGAAGCGACAGAAGUUGAAAAUCAUUGUGUCAAGCUCUUCACUAACAAGAAAAUCGCAGGCUCAGUUUCUCCAAACCUUUGCUUAACCAGAACUCUCAACCUGCCAAGUAACCUUUCUGAAGCAAAUAGCCAAGUAGCUUUGAGAAACAGGACUUUGCAACAUCCGAACAGGGACCACUUGCUGCGUAAUUCGGUCACUUUGUCAGAAGAAGAAAGGUUUUUCAAUUACUGUGGGCUUGACCCUGACAUGGCAGAGCAUCUUGGGCUGUCCAACUUCUCUCCUGCUCCUUCAGACUCGAUAUCUCCCGGAAUUCAGAAUGUCAGCAUGACUGAGAGUGAUGGCAGUGAAUUCUCUCAUGGAAGCAGAGAUGGUGAAGGCCUUUAUGAAGAAGAAAUUCAGGAGCAGGUCUCUUUGGGGAUAUCCAUCAUUGAACGAAAUGCACGGAUCAUCAAGUGGUUGUACAGUUGUAAAAAGGCCAAAGAAGGACCAAGGGAAUCAACAGUAUAGAGUUUUAGAACUUGCCCCAAAAUGCAAACGGAAUAUUUUCAUUGAAGUACAUUCUGUCUUAAGUAUUAAUACCUUGAGGAAUUGAAGUAAAUUCUGUCUUUAGCUCAACCAUAUGGCACAUAUUUAAAAAGUUUUAUUUUCUUAAUUUAACUGCUAAAACUGAUGUUCAGUUUUGGUCUGAAAGUUUCAGUUGAAGUUAAUGAGUGAACAAGGGAUGAUGAAUGCAACAUUUUAUUGCAGUGGCAGCCUUGAACAGGACAGGGGGGUGGUUAGGGGGUGGACGCUACAUUUUCCUUUUAUUGGAGUAUUUGUACUCAGAGGUCAUGGACAUAAUGCUGGUCAAGUGGACUGUCUUCACACACUAAUGUUGACAGCACACACACCCAGAUCUAACAUAUCACAGGUAAAAAAGAAAGACCUCCAUGGGAUGACCUGAAGUGCUUUACUGCCAAUUGAGAAUUCGUAACUAUUUGCUGUUGUAAAGUGGGCGUUGUGACGAGACAAUUUGAAGCAGCAAGUUCUCACAAACAUCAACAUGAUAAUGACAACCUGUUUUUAGCAUUAGAAAGAGAAAUAUUGGUCAGACACUGGGAGAAACAUACCUGCCCUUCAAAAUAGUGCUGUGGGAUCUUCAUUCAUCUGGAGGGUGGACAGAGCCUCAGUUUAAUGGGCUCACCCAACAGCUGACACCUAUGACAGUAUAGCACUCACUCAGUACUUCAUUGGAAGUAUCAGUCUUGAUUUUAUUCUCGAGUCUCUGGAGUGGGACUUGAACCCACAACUUUGACUCUUAGGCAAGAGUGCUACUCACAGCAGUCACCCAAUAUAAAUAUAUAACAUUUAGAGGCAAAGUAAAGCCUCUUUUACAAUAUCCUGCUAGGACACAAUUAUGUAAGAGUAUUCUUGACUGUAUCAAUGUGACAAUUUUUGAAGCAAAACUGUCAAAUUAGGGGGAAAUCUGUGCAUAUUAAAUGCUGGAGUGUGAUUGCACAAACUGAUCUUUUGUACAAGUGGUGAAAGGUGUUUUUUCUUAUCUUGUGAUAUGGUUGUACCCAGGCCCUGGAACCAAUCAGCAACUUUAAGCAAAAUCUCCACGUUUGGACCAACAUUUUCUUAAAUGUAUAUACAUAUUCUGAAAAACAUGCAGCAGAGUUAAAGGAAAUGAAGAUUCUGGAAGUGAAAUAAGGUGACCUUUCCAAAUGCAAACUCGACAAUUACAUUAAUUACCAAUUUUCAAAUAAACUUAAAGGGGUGUUUUUGUUUUGAAGGCGUUCAAAAGUUUUUUUGUAAAAGCUAAAUUAUAUAAAGGAAAAUAAAGAAAUAUAGACAGGUAUUCGGUAUUGAUUUCUUGUAGGAACAAAAAUAUAGGAAACUUGAUUCUGGUACUUUUCAUCUUCCACUCAUCAGGACAGAUCAGCAAGAAUACCAAAUCUCAAAGGAAACAAUUCCUUGAACUGCAUGAGAAACAGGAUGCAGAUUGGCUGGCAAGUGGAAUCUGAAUGAUUAAGGUUUUGUGACUUGCCAACGAAUCAGCCCCGUGUUUAUCAUGUAACUCUAUUUGUUGUUCCUAUUGAGAUUUGGGAUUCUGUCCUGAUGAGUGCAAGGCAAAUAGCUUCAACAGUAUAUCAUUUUGUUUUACAAUACUCAAAUUCUGUUCCAAGAAGCAACUAAAACAUGUUAAUUAAUUUCUUCCAUUUCUGAUGCCAUAACUAUGCCAAAAUGACUGGUUUGUCCCAUGAAACAGAGGCUGAAGAGUUCCCACUAAUUCUAUUUUCCCACCUCUCCUCCUCAAAAUGCCUCAAAUUUUCAAUAUUCAAAUAAACCCUCCAGUGCUGUGCUUGACUAGCUAGAACUAGAAUUAUUGUCAUGUGUACUCAACUACAGGGAUACAAGAGUACAGUGAAAAAUGUAUGAAGUCCCAUCUUAGGUAUAAAAUCUUAAGUACAAGGUAGAAAAAUAAAGAAAUAAGUUAAAAAUUCAACAUUACAGUCCUUCUUUAGCCAUGGUCCUGCAGACACUCCAUGCUGGGUUUCCCACAAGAGCUCACACUUCCCACAAGGCUCGAUCUCUCCUCCACAGCUAUGGCUAUGUGUAUCAGCAAGUUAUUGCAAUGUACCCUAACCCAACUCUCACACAUUAUCAUAAACAUUAUCUUUCAAUAGGGAACUUCACUGGAACUUUGCUGAUACACACUUCUACCCUGAUAUCCCCUCCCCCUGAGUCUACUGUGCCACCUCAGUUCCUGCCCAGGUUUUAUUCCAUAGACUGUAGAGUUAUAGAGACCCUCAGCACGGAAAAAGGCCGUUUGACCCGUCGCAUCUAUGCUGGACAAAAACAACCAUCUAACUGUUCUAAUCCCAUUUUCCAGCUUGCCCAUAGCCCUGUAUGACUUAGCAUUGCAAAUGGUUACCUAAAUGUUAUGAAGGUUUCGUCUCUACCACCUUUACAGGCACACUUCCAAAUACCCACCAGCCUCUAUAACAUAGGCUCUAUUUGACCAAUCUAUAUGGAUUAAUGCCCUGUGCUCUGCAUCAGUUUAUCUGACUCCCAUUACGACUUCUGACACUGCUCGUGCUCCCUUAAGUAUACAUCUGUCCUCCCCAUGACCUCUGCUCCUAUGAAACGGUGAGGAGCAUAUUCUCACCACUCUGUGAAAAAAAAACUCCUUGUUCUUUAUUUCCCUUCAUGACUUCUUCUAUUUAUGUUCCCUUGUUCUGGAUUCGCCAAUGAAUGGAAUCAGUUUCACUAUAUCCAUCCUAUCAAAUAAAUCCCUUCAUAAUGUAAAGAUUUCUAUUGAUUCAUCCCUGAGGUUUCUCUUUUUUAGAUAAAGGAGUCUCAGCCUAUUAAGCCUGGUCAGUAACGUUCUGCUAAAACUUUCUUUCACUUAAUUCCCGGACAUCUUCAUAAAAUCCAGUCUGUAAUAUGAAAAGCUGAACUGUGCACCUUGUAGUUCAAUGAAAGAUUGAUUGCUUACUCAGUGUGAUGCAUAUGGAUCUGAAAGGGUUAAUACUCCACCCACUGGUGAUGACAUUAUGUGGACUGGAGAGUAAAGGAGGUCAUCAAAAGGGACAGACCUAUGCCUACCAACAACUUUUGUGAUAUUGUAGUUUGUUCUCAUAACCUGUAAAUAUUGCAAAGAUGCAAUAAACUACGUUUUGUUUACUCUUCAAGAUUUCUUGUUAGA